GCUCUGCAGCGGUUCUCGAAAGCAUUGAGCUUCCAAACAGUCAGCAAUUUAACUCAAGAUAAUCACGUCGAGAGUUCAGACUCCUUUGCAGGCCUUCAUUCUCAUAUUGAGCAUUCAUUCCCUCUGGUACAUGCGAAGCUUCAAGUCAACGAUUGGAGCUUGCUGUACCAAUGGACAGGGAGCAACUCCACCUUGAAGCCACUUCUCUGCAUCAGCCACUUAGAUGUGGUGCCUGUGACAUCACCAGCUGCAUGGACAGAGCGACCCUUUAGUGGUGCCAUCAAGGAUGGGUAUGUGUGGGGCCGGGGCGCGCAAGAUGUGAAGAUCACAGCAUUCGCACUUCUGGAGGCCGUGACAGCAUUGAUUGAACAGGGGUAUGUGCCAAGGAGGACGCUGUACCUGGCUUUCGGUCACGAUGAAGAGGUGGGCGGUGGUAAGGGAGCGAAGGCGAUUGCUGCCCUGCUGCAGGACCGGGGGGUGGAACUAGACUUUGUCUUGGAUGAGGGGGGACCUCUGCUGGUCGAUGGGCUGCGGCCCUUUGUGAGUCACACAGCUGUGGCACUUGUGGGGACUGCAGAGAAGGGCUACGUGAGCGUGGAUGUGAAUAUGGAAGGCAAGGGGGGGCACUCCAGUCUGCCUCCCGUUGACGGCUCCACGGCAGUCUCACGACUGGCCAAGCUGAUAACAGCAAUAGAUGGGAGCCUGCCUCCGGCCAAGAUCGUCUCACCCACUCUGGAGUUUCUCCAAGGGGUGGGGCACGCCAGCAACAACCCAGUCAUCCAGUGGGUGCUGAUUACUAAUGGCAUGACUAAUGGCGCCGGUUGCCUGUUCAGGCCGCUGAGGCAGCUGCUGGCGCGUUUCCUGGCAUCUCAGCCGGGCGAGGUCGCCUCCGGCGUGCGCACGACUGUCGCCGCCACCGGGAUCACCACGCAUCCGGCGGCCGGCAAUGUUCUGCCGUCCCUUGCUACCGCACACUUCAAUUUCCGAUACCUUCCUGGUGAGGAGGAAGGCUUUGCGGAGAAAUACCUGCAGGGGUUUCUACAGGGAGAUGACAAGCUCGGCGCGUCAGGUCUAAAGGUGCACGAGCGGUUUGAGAUGGCGAGCACCGUCACUCCGGUUGACAGCCGCGCAUUUGCGCUCGUCCGGCAGGCCAUACUGGAAACUCUGGCCAAGGACAGGGCUGUGGCGGUGGUGCCAUUUCUGCUGACGGGGGGCACCGACUCAAAGCACUACCAGGCGCUGUGCGGCGGCCGCACGCUGCGCUUUGCUCCGGUGGCAAUGAAUCGAACGGCGGGGGAUUUGAAGCGCGUGCACGGCAUUGAUGAGCGCGUGUCUACAGAGGCAUUCCUGGACGCCAUCCGAUCCUACAACAGAUUUCUCACCCUC